AUGUCACCCACGCCCCGGAGCCAGUUCCAGCAGUUGGUCACCCCCUCGGCCCUCCGCUCGUACCUCGCCGAGUUCAUCUCCACCUUCCUCUUCGUCUUCGUCGCCGUCGGCUCCGGCAUGUCUGCAAGUAUGAGUGAGAUUACCUUAUUCGCUCCGUUUAGAAAUAUGUUCACCUCUACGGUGACGUUGACUAGAUUUCUUGCAUGGGAUAGGAAAGGCGACCCCGGAUGGCGCUGCCUGGGACGCCUCCUCACUGGUUGCGACCUCGCUCGCACAAGCUCUGUCCCUGUUCGCCGCCGUCUACAUAGCGGCUAACUCAUCCGGCGGUCACGUCAACCCUGCAGUCACCUUCGGGCUGGCCGUCGCCGGCCACAUCGCCGUCCCCACUGCCAUCUUCUACUGGGCCUCGCAGAUGGUCGGAUCCACUCUAGCCUGCCUCCUCCUCCACGUCGCCACCGCUGGCCAGGUACAGUGCCGUUUAGAUGAAUAAACGAACACGGUAGACGAUCUUUGCGUUUUCUCUGAGAUGCAUCUUCCUCUACAGGCCAUUCCGACGACGGGGAUAGCCCCGGAGAUGACCGGUUUCGGAGGGGCCGUCCUCGAGGGCGUAAUCACUUUCGCGCUGGUGUUCACGGUUUACGUCGCCGGCGACCCCAGGAACCGGGCGGCGCCGCUUGGGGUCUUGGGGCCGCUAGCGGUCGGGCUGAUGGCAGGGUCCUGCGUCCUGGCCGCCGGGUCGUUCACCGGCGGCUCCAUGAACCCCGCUCGAUCCUUCGGACCGGCCGUCGUCUCCGGCAACUUCAAGAACCAGGGUGUCUACUGGGUCGGCCCUCUCGUCGGAGCCGCCCUCGCCGCCCUGGUACAUCAGCAUCUGGUUUUCCCCACGGCCCCCGACCGCGAGUCCCCUCACGGCCCCGUGGAGUCAGUCUCUCUGUAG